UGUUCGUCAAUUUCUAUUCUCUGUUUCAGCAAAACAAUAUCAGUCAAGGUAAUUGAUGAUGAGGAGUAUGAGAAAAACAAGACCUUCUUCCUUGAGAUUGGAGAGCCCCGCCUGGUGGAGAUGAGUGAGAAGAAAGCCCUGUUAUUGAAUGAGCUUGGUGGCUUCACAAUAACAGGCCAACCUGUCUUCAGGAAGGUUCAUGCUAGAGAACAUCCGAUUCCCUCUACUGUAAUCACCAUUGCAGAUGAAUAUGAUGACAAGCAGCCACUGACCAGCAAAGAGGAAGAGGAAAGGCGCAUUGCAGAAAUGGGGCGUCCCAUCCUGGGAGAGCACACCAAGUUGGAAGUGAUCAUUGAAGAAUCCUACGAAUUCAAGAGUACUGUGGACAAACUCAUUAAGAAGACAAACCUGGCCCUUGUGGUUGGGACAAACAGCUGGAGAGAACAGUUCAUUGAAGCUAUCACUGUCAGUGCUGGGGAAGAUGAUGAUGAUGAUGAAUGUGGGGAAGAAAAGCUGCCCUCCUGUUUUGAUUAUGUGAUGCACUUUCUGACUGUAUUCUGGAAGGUCCUCUUUGCCUUCGUUCCUCCUACUGAAUACUGGAAUGGCUGGGCGUGUUUCAUUGUCUCCAUCCUCAUGAUUGGCCUACUGACAGCUUUCAUCGGAGACCUGGCUUCCCAUUUCGGCUGCACCAUUGGCCUGAAAGAUUCUGUGACUGCAGUUGUGUUCGUCGCACUUGGGACAUCAGUGCCAGACACAUUUGCCAGCAAAGUGGCAGCCACACAGGACCAGUAUGCAGACGCCUCCAUAGGUAACGUCACGGGCAGCAACGCGGUGAACGUCUUCCUGGGAAUCGGUGUGGCCUGGUCCAUCGCUGCCAUCUACCACGCAGCCAAUGGGGAACAGUUCAAAGUGUCCCCUGGCACGCUAGCUUUCUCUGUCACUCUCUUCACCAUCUUUGCUUUCAUCAAUGUGGGGGUGCUGCUGUAUCGGCGGAGGCCAGAAAUCGGAGGUGAGCUGGGUGGGCCCCGGACUGCCAAGCUCCUCACAUCCUGCCUCUUUGUGCUCCUGUGGCUCUUGUACAUUUUCUUCUCCUCCCUGGAGGCCUACUGCCACAUAAAAGGCUUCUAAAGGAACUAUCAGAUAUAGUAAAUUUAUAUAUAUAUAUAUAUAUAUACAUAUAUAUAUACAUAAAAAAUUAUGUAUAACGAACAGAGGAAACUGACAUUUGUCAUGUUCACUUACCUGCUGAUGGAAUCCAGCUUCAAGAGCAUAACUCUCUGUACUAGGGCCGAAGUCAAAAACGAUCACCUCCCACUCCCAGGGGCAUCAUCAUGUUGAACAAGGCACGGAGGCAGGGCCAUCUUUGCAGCUCAGUCUUAGAAGGGCUGCACUCUUUCCAGGUUCAUAAAUCCUUAAGGCUUUGAUUUGUUUUCUUGAUUUUGAUUUUGUUUUCAGAGGGGCUGGGGAGGUAGUUGAUGUUUGGCUUUGUUUUUGUUAUUUUGUUGUGUUUUGUUUCGUUGGGAGGGUCAGGGUUGUUGCUUUUCUUUGUGGGAAGUGAAACCAUCCAAAUGUAAAUGGGUUUUUGGUCAAAAUCUAAAUCACUGAGAUUCCCCCUCACCUUCCCCAACCACUUUAAAAAUUAUUUUGGAUUAAGAAAACAUUGGGGCAUGGAAGAAGAAAGAAGCAUGUCUUCAUUGUAUUACCAAAGUUCAUGCGUAUCUCCAGAAUGUGAGCAGAGGUGAAGCUGCCUCCAAGAAGAAGCAUGAGAGUGGAAUGGAGCCAGGAAAUCUGAUGUUUUUAGAUGUAGUCUGACAUUUAAGGAUGUGAUGCCUGGCACUCUUGUUUAACAGGUACAAGGAAAACGUGCCUAGAUUCCCAGGAACAUGCAAAAUGCUUUCUUUCUCAUCUGUUUAGCUCUGGACCAUGAUAAGCAAGGCCCUUCUUCUGGCAUCCAGCCCAGCUAAACCCCCAGGCGCCCCCUCCCCGCCCUGUUCCUCCUGUCCACCUGCCAUCCCCUAUGCAUACAGGAACAAUAACCCCAUUCAAAAACCACAUCGUCCUUUUCCAUUUGCAUUAAUACAUGUCCCCGUCCCAUGUUGAUGUUGCUUGGGAUUGUCUGUCAGUUUUAUUUUCAAAGGCAUCCAUGGCUUGCACCAUCCUGUUCCAGUCAUGACUGAACAUUUGCUCCUUCUACAUAUGCCUGUUUGGAAAUGUUGUUGUGAUAGCUGUUACACAGUGCAUGGAUGAAAAACAAAUAAAACAAAACAAAGCGUAUCUGUAUAUA